AUGGCAGCCGCCGCCGCACCUCCUUACCUCGCCGGCGACGCACCAGAAACCACGGCAGCCACACAGCCGCCGCCGCCAACCUUUUCCGGCCACCAAUGCACGAGUUCCGCCACCUCCAACAGCAGCCUUCACGCACCAUCUUCUCCAUGGCAGCAGCGAACGCGAGCAUCCACCACGCCACCACCAUCUCCAUCGAGCUCCGCGACCACCACGAUUCUGCAGCACACACAUCUCCUCGCCGCGCCACCACGCCGCUGCAACAGAUCCGCUACUGCUCCGCGCAUCCAGCCUCCAUCAUCUCUGCAACGCGUCGCGCACCAGCGGGUUCUUCUUCUCCGCAGCGCCACCAUCCUCGCGACGCCACUGCACCUGCAAACGCGCGAGCCACCAGCGAGUUCUUCUUCCUCGCGCACAACCAUGGCGGCCACCACAACAACCAUCCUCUCCGUUCACGCUUCGCCACCUUUGCUUGAACCACCGCGCACCAGCAGCCACGUUCCCGCAACAGCAGCUACGCCGCACCACCACGCCUCCGUCGCCGGAGAAGGAGGAGCAGCCGCGCCCCCCCGCGACGCACCUCUUCGUUCUCGCCUCCGCACAACCAUGGCAGCAGCUUCCACACCACCACUGCACUUGCAACGCGUCACGAGUUCUUCUUCCUUGUUCGCAACACCACCGCGCCGCGCCACCACGCCGGAAAACACUGCUGAACCACCAUGGAAGCACCUGCAGGAAUCACGAAGCCAACACGUCGGAGCAGCCGCGCCGUCAGCCGUCCUUAAGAGUGUGAAUUUGGAGUAUUUCAAGUUACAAAAUAAGUCCAAAGUUAGAAACUUUGGAGAGGAAUAA